AUGGAACACGAGCACGAAUCGAAAGCACCUCCAGCGGUAGCACAAACGAACGAGUCUCAGCAACCUGAAACGGGAGCACUGGAUCAUAGGUCACUCGCACCGGCCGUGGAUUCACUUCACUUCCGAUCGUUCGCGCCGACUGGACAAGAUUGGACGGUUAACUCGUCUUUGGAGAUCGUUGACCGCGCAAGGUCAUCGACCCCGAACGCACCAUUAGGUGCAGGAUUGUUGCUGAGGGAACCGCAGCAACGGUUGACUUCGGAGGUUCACGAAGCCCCUGCAUCGCGGUACACACCGCUUGCAAACUCUACUGUGGCAGGCCUGGGGCCUUUACAUCGCUCAUCCUCGGAAACCGUGCCACGGUUAGAGCACCUACCGACCACUGCGGACGUGCAACAACCAGCGUCAUCGCAGGGAGGCGUUUCUGCAGGAACCGUGCCGCGGGCGGCGGACGGUGCAUCUGGAGCGGCCAUCGAGGACAUGGAACUACGACCACAAGCGCAGGACGGCGCUUCUGCGGGAACCGUACUGCGGACGGCGGUCGGCGCAUCUGGGGCAGCCAUUUCGAACGUUCAUCAGCCGACGCCAUCGCAAACCGGCACACCCGGGAGGACGAUGGCGGACAAGCUUGCGGAGUCGAGCGAAGCUGUUGCCGCCUUGGAACUUCGGAUGCGAAAUUUGACUCGACGAAAGCUGGAGCUUGAGAGACGAGAGCUGGAGUUUGAAGAGCAGCUGAUCUUGGCUGAAUCGAAGAGGAUCGGCGAUGGCUUCAUCAGCAUGAUUGACGACGAAGGAAACGCACAACAGGGAAAUGAUUCAGUGGUCAGUCAGCAGCGUCAGCCUAGAAGUGAAAAAUAUUUAAAUAUUGCUGAUGGGGCGGUUGAUACUUACCCGUUCCGUAACAGCAUCGGAACCACGUUGAUGAAUGUCAACCAGAGUCAACUUCUGGCUCGAAAGGCAAGCUGCAAGGAGUUACCGUAUUUUUCCGGCAAACCCGAGGAGUGGCCCAUUUUUAUCGCCACAUAUGAAACCUCGACAGCUGCUUGUGGGUACUCCGAUGAAGAGAACACUUUAAGACUGCAGCGGGCGCUUAAAGGCAAAGCUCUUGAAGCCGUUCAACCAUGUUUGCUUCAUGCCUCUAACCUUACUAGUGUGAUAGAGACGCUGCGCAUGUUAUACGGUCGCCCGGAGAUAAUUGUGCAUUCGUUAAUCCACCGCAUACAUCAAAUGCCUGCACCACGAAUCGAGCGCUUGGAAACUCUAAUCGAUUUUGGGAUGGCGGUCCGAAAUAUGUGUGCCACUAUAACCGCUUCGGGGCUAGAAGAAUAUAAGUGCAACGUGGCAUUAAUGCACGAGUUGGUAGAAAAGUUGCCUCAUGCGCUUCGGCUAGACUGGGCACGACACCGUAUGCAAUCGAGCUCCGCGACACUCUCGGAGUUUGGCAAGUGGAUAGAAACCCAAGUUAAGGCAGCUAGUCUGAUAACAUUGCCAUCCCUAGAAUUCAGGCCAGUGAGAAAACUCGACCAUAAGAGUAGAACGCAUCACAUGAACAUACAUAACGCUACGGGGUUGGUUAGUGAAGGAAGUCAAAUUUGUCUAUUGUGUGAGGCCACUUGUGUUGACCUGUCGCAGUGUGAGCAGUUCAACAGACUAAACGUGAAUGAUCGAUGGGCAACUAUACGCAGACUGAAUGCUUGUCGGAAGUGUCUGAAAAUACACACCUACGGCUGCAAAGGGAAAAAGGCUUGCGGGAAAAAUGGUUGCGAGUACCUGCACCACGAACUAUUACACAAUCCCGAACGCCAUUCAAAACCAAACGAGUACGCGGUUGCCACAGCAUCACUGAACGCGCAUUCGGAGGUUACCGGUGAUGUAUUUUUAAAAUACAUCCCUGUAAUAGUUUACGGGCGAGACAAGGCCAUCACGACCUUUGCCUUUUUUGACAGUGGAUCUACCGGUACCUUCAUCGAGCAUAGCCUAAUUGAGGAGCUCGGUCUGGAAGGACAGCCCCAUCCUCUGUGCCUGAAGUGGACAGGUAACUCGGAACGCGACGAAACGGGUUCAAUUCGCGUGUCACUUUUGGAGAUUUCAGGAGUCGGGCAAAACAGCAGUGUACAUAUUAUCCCAAAGGUGCACACGGUGGAAAGCCUUUCUCUACCAGCCCAGACUCUGGCAGUGACACAACUGACUAAACAGUACGCACAUCUACAGGGUUUGCCAAUUCAUGCGUACGAAAACGCUAGGCCUCGAUUGCUCAUUGGUAUCGACAACCAUCAUUUGGUUCGACCGACUCGUUACGCGGAAGGUGGGAAAUAUGAGCCCGUUGCGGCAAAGACGUCAUUGGGAUGGAUCGUAUAUGGCCCACGUAAUAAGAACUCCAACAGUGUUAACAUACAAGCAAUACAUACCAUCCACAUAUGCAACUGCGGCGCAGAUGCAGAAGCCAAUCUGGACGCAGCGGUAAAAAACUUUUUUACGCUCGAAUCGCUCGGUAUCGUCAAACCGUUGGAAACACUUCGUUCAAAGGAUGAUGAGCGAGCGUUGGGGAUUCUCAACGCGGAAUCGAAAUUCAACGGAAAGCAUUAUGAAUCCGGAUUGCUGUGGCGUUUUGACGAUGUUAAGUUGCCAUGCUCUCGUGACAUGGCUAUGAGAAGAUACAAAUGCCUGCAAAAAAGAAUGUCGAAAGAUUCUGUAUUAGCUAAGGCAGUCAUUGAGAAAAUGAGGGACUAUGAAAGGCAGGGUUAUAUACGACGAUUAUCGCCUGAAGAACUGUCGAUGAAAGGCCCCCGAGAUUGGUUUCUGCCCAUAUUUCCGGUUUUCAAUGCGAACAAACCAGGCAAGGUUCGAGUAGUUUUCGACGCAGCGGCGAAGGCUCAGGGUGUUAGCCUCAACACAUAUUUACUAAAUGGACCAGAUCUGUUGGCAGGGCUUCUAUCCGUAUUAUAUAAAUUCCGUGAGCAUCGUGUGGCCAUAGUUGGGGAUAUUAAGGAAAUGUUUUUCCAAGUCCGUAUGAAACCAGAUGAUCAACGAUCCCAGAUGAUUUUAUGGAACGAGAACGACUUUACAGAACUGCAGGCCGCAGUCAUCGGAGCCCGCUUUGCUGCAGCGAUUAUCGCCCAACACCGAAUAGCCAUCGAACGCAUUUUCUACUGGACCGAUUCACGUGACGUGAUAUGCUGGAUGCGGUCUGAUCAUCGUCGAUUUAGUCAGUUCGUUGCUUUCCGAGUAGGCGAACUCCUGGAGACGACUUCUGUGCAUGAGUGGCGCUGGCUAUCAACAAAGUUAAACGUAGCUGAUGAUGGAACGAAGUGGCAGAAGGUACCAACUGCAGAUCCCGAUAGUCGCUCGUUCCGCGGACCGGACUUCUUGUGGAAGCCCGAGUGUGAGUGGCCAGUUCCCGAACAAUAUCCCACCGAAACGAAGGAAGAGUUACGGCUACACAUGAUGCAUCAUAACACAAACACGAAGCCGUGGAUUCAGCUCGAGCGUUUUUCAUCCUGGAAUCGCUUGUUAAGAGAACGGCUAGAACAACAGGACCGCUAA